CACACUGCCUUCCCGAGAGGUCAAUAGAGCUCCGAGCCUCCGAUUCACGCACUUCUCGCCUUCACGUUAAUUCCUUCCUCUCCCUUUCUUUUCUUCACGAAAUCUCACCGGGAACGAGAAUACAAGCAAUGAGCGGCGGCUGGUUCUUAAGAAAUGUCGGCAAGCGCUACCUCCAUCCGUUGCUGGAGAGACGUUCUCUACCCAAUUCCUUUGUUUCAACAGAAGCACCGAUUCUAGCAAAACAACAAUCAAGAACAUACUCCCCAAUUCCUCUCCUUCUAUUCAGGAAGGUCAAAGAAUCGGGAAACACUACAUCUUUUUAUCCUUCGUCCCGUUUCUUUUCUUCUUCGUCUUCUUCUUCAUCGAAUAGUUUUAUUGGAUGGUAUCUGGGCAUGAUCGAAUCCCGUCCCGUUCUCACGAAAAGUAUCACCGCUGGGCUUAUUUAUUCGGUUGCCGACUUGUCCGCUCAGAGAAUGACACAAACAUCCUCAGAAUCUUUUGAUUUAAUAAGGACAUUACGUAUGACUGGAUAUGGAAUGCUGUUUAUGGGGCCAUCACUUCAUUUCUGGUUCAACUUUUUGUCAAGAGUCUUUCCAAAGCUUGAUGUUGUUACUACCCUGAAGAAACUUAUUAUGGGGCAGGUUAUUUAUGGACCUAUCGUGACUGCUACUUUUUUCUCUCUGAAUGCAGCUUUACAAGGUGAAAAUGGUGUUGAGAUUAUUGCCAGACUGAAGCGAGACUUACUUCCAACAUUGAAAAAUGGUCUUAUAUACUGGCCUAUGUGUGAUUUUGUCACAUUCAGAUUCGUUCCUGUUCACCUGCAGCCGUUGAUGAACAAUUCAUUUGCAUUUUUGUGGACAAUCUAUCUGACAUACAUGGCAAGCUUAAAGAAAGUAGAAGCUGACCAGAUAGCUAACAUGUAAACUCAACGGGCGCCUGCAAUAAAUAUAACAUUUUCUUUUUAGGUUUCUCCUGCUUUAGCGGUCUCAGGAGACCUUCCAUUCUAAGCGGCAAAAAGCAUUGAUAGCAAAAUGCAGAAUUUAUAGCAGAUAAAGCUAUUCGAUUGAGUCAAUUUGUUGGGUACCGACUACCAGAUAAUGUCAAGAGCCUUUUCACAGGAGUUACAGAAGUGGAAUAACUAUUUUUUCUACCAUACAAAGAAGAGUGAAUUUAUGGUUAUUGGACUUGUCUAUCUCAUAAAUAUGUUUAUGCCCUUAAUUCAGGAUAAAGUAUGAAUAGUUUUAAAUUUAAUAGUUGCUUCUCUGGCACUUCUAUAGCAAUUCUUCAAAACCAAGUGAAGCAGGGGACACACAGGAAUCUGAGGUGACUGGUCCAGGUAAGGAAACAUAAAGGACGAUGGUGAUUGAACAGGCGUUGGUCCUUGUGACCUGGGUCCCAAUCUGGAGACUGGAGCCUUAGUAGUAGCAUCUAUUAUGUUGAUAGAAAUUUAUGUUCCGGGUGGACCAUUUAGUUUACGUCAUGUCUUCAUAAUAGUACCAAGAUGCGAAUGCUUUCUUUUUCAA